AUCAUAGUCUAUGUGAAGUAUGUCACUACUAGUAACUACUACUACUAGUGACUAGAGUCUAGAUCUAGAUCUAUGUGACACUAUGUCACACACUAGACUAUGUGGUGAUCUGAUAAUUCAUGUUGGAGUAUUUCUUUUGAAUUCUAAGACAGCAGCCAUAAGAAAGAAGUUGUAAGCACACUAUACUUCUUAGUACCGGUACUCAACUAGUAAACUGCUGUUUUUAUAACAAAAGUUAAAUUUGAAAAGAAAAUGGGCAUUUUGGAAAAGAUUCAAGAAAUAGAGAGAGAAAUUUCUAGAACUCAAAAAAAUAAAGCCACUGAAUAUCAUUUGGGGCUUUUAAAAGCCAAGAUAGCAAAACUGAGGCAACAGUUACUGGAACCAACUGGAAAAACAGGACAAAAGGGAGAAGGUUUUGAUGUUAUGAAAUCUGGAGAUGCCAGAGUUGCACUUAUUGGAUUCCCUUCUGUGGGCAAGUCUACACUAUUGAACACCAUGACCUCCACACAUAGUGAAUCAGCUUCCUAUGAGUUUACAACAUUGACAUGUAUUCCAGGUGUCAUUGAGUACAAUGGUGCUAAUAUACAACUUCUUGAUCUUCCUGGUAUCAUUGAAGGAGCUGCGCAAGGUAAAGGCAGAGGUCGUCAGGUCAUUGCUGUAGCGCGCACUGCUGAUCUAAUUAUUAUAAUGUUGGAUGCUACUAAGGGAGAUAUCCAAAGAGAAUUACUUGAAAAAGAAUUGGAACAGGUUGGAAUAAGAUUGAAUACAAGAAAACCAAAUAUUUAUUUUAAGCAAAAAAAGGGUGGAGGUAUCUCCUUUAAUUCUAUGGUGCCAUUGACAAAAACGAAUGAAAAAAUGGUUCAGUUAAUUCUCCAUGAAUACAAAAUAUUUAAUGCUGAAGUUUUAUUUCGAGAAGACUGCACCUCUGACCAGUUCGUGGAUGUCAUUCUUGGUAACAGAGUCUAUAUGCCUUGUUUAUAUGUAUACAAUAAAAUAGAUCAGAUCUCUAUAGAGGAAGUAGAUAGGUUGGCAAGACAACCUCAUACUGUUGUUGUAAGUUGCAACCUGAAGAUGAACCUAGACAAUUUAUUAGAAGAAAUGUGGGAGCAUCUCGCAUUAUUACGUGUUUAUACUAAAAAAAGAGGGCAGAGACCUGACUUUGAAGAUGGACUGAUUUUAAGAAGAGGUGCCACUGUAGAACAUGUUUGCCAUGUCAUACACAGAUCUAUAGCUGAAACAUUCAAAUAUGCUUUAGUAUGGGGUCAAAGUGUUAAGUACAGCCCUCAAAGGGUCGGUCUAACUCAUUUCAUGGCUGAUGAAGAUGUCAUUCAAAUUGUGAAAAAGUGAUUUUAUUUGUUUAAAAAGAUUCUGCCAUUUUCUUGCAUUAAACCCUUGUCUUCUUUCUUUUUACUUAAUUGACUACUUUUGAGUUGAUCAAGAGCAUUAUUUAUGAAUAUAGUGUCUCCUUGUGUCAAGUUUGAGUUCAAUAAACUUCAGUAGCACAUAUACAAAAAUUCAAAUGUUCCUCUAGUUUUAAAUCAGAUGACAAGGGAAAAAAAACAGUAGCUCUUAAGUUUGUGAGACACUCAAAUUGUGAACAUUGAAAUGAAAUCUAAAAGAAUAAAUUAGAACUUCGUAAAUACAACCAUUUGAAAGUAGCUGUUGUUUAAAUGUUAAGGGCAGGAAUAUUAUUGCUUUCCUCAUGUCUGCAACUUAAAACAGAAAUGUUCCCACUAACACUAUAAACAGCAUGUUCCACAUUGAGGCAUCAAAAGAAACAAAAACCAAGGUGUCUAAAGAUUUUAUUGACAUGUUUACUUGUGUAUGUUAACAGUCACAAUCAAUAAGAUUGUUUCUAAGUCACUAUGUGUUGAGAAAUAAAAGUACAGAUGUACUUGCCUUA